AUGUGUUCAUCACGGUUCCCUAGCAAUGAUGAUUGGAAGAGGUACCCUCAAAAUCUUUGUCUCGGCUCACUCGAGUCGGAUGCGUCUCGCAACAAUACCAGGAUAAGCCGGCUUAGUAAAGAUCUGUUUGUCGCGAAUGACGAAUCCACAUUCGAGUUUAUAGCCAUCGAUACACCAAACAAUGGCAAGGCUUCAAGUUUCAUUGACCAAAGCUACACGUGGAGUCGCCUCCGCAUUAGUGAGGAACACUUUCGACGACUGUUCACACAAAUGGCUGUGCACCCUAACUUCCUAGAUGUGGUCCGCUUGUUUUGCGAAAAGACGGGCCCUGUGGAAGAAGGCUUCAGCUCGCUGUUCAUUCACAUGUCUGAGCGAGAUCAUUCCAGAGAUCUCUCAACGCCAGGCCGAGAUUGCAGCUAUUAUAUCGGAUAUAACAUCAAGUAUGUCGCAAAACACGGCCGACGCUAUCCAACGGACCCGUUCUCAAUCAGAGAAAUUGGUGUCUACCAGCACUUUUCAUCGUCAGAUCGACAGUGUCGGUGGGUAUUCUUGCAAGCUCCGGACCAGCUCAAAAAUCGAUUGAGGCAUAAUCUCGGGUGCUUUGAUAAUGACCUGCCUAUGAACCAGGUUUUACAGCACUCGAUGUUACUCCUGGAAGUGUCUGAAGAUUGGCGUGAAUAUCUGAUGUAUCUUGAGGAGGAGUUCUCCAGAAUAGUUGAUCGAGGCUUCUUCACUUACGUUAAAGAGCUUCAUACUGAAGGGGACGUGCAAGCCGACUUUUCAGAUCUUAGGAAGCUGCACAUCCUGACUGACAAGCUACUGAGACUAUGUCGCGGUGUAGGAACAGCGCAUAUGCAGAAGGAAUUGAAGGAUUGA